CGUGACCGGGGACACACGUCGUCAUCCACACCCGCGACUUGAAAGAGGGCGUCCGGAUGCCUGACGCGAGGUAACCGAACCAAAUCUUGCUUGUUUGUGUCCACGGGGCGCCGAGAGGUGAGCAAGCGGAACCAUGUGAAAAAACAAGAGCCGAAACCCGCGACGACGAUGUGCUCCACCGAAGAAAACGCCGCGGAGGUCCAGUCGACGUCCGCCGACCCGGCGCUCAUCCUGGAGCUGAAGACCCGGCGGCCGCCGUCCCUGGAAGGCCGGCCCGGCUGCGAGACGUGGAGCGUGGACUUCUCCCCCGACGGAGCCUGGUUCGCCUGGUCCAUGGGCCACGGCAUCGUGUGGGUGGUCGCCUGGCCCCUCGACUCGCAAGAAGGUCAGCGCGGCGAGGUGGACCGAGCGGACAAGAGCUUCAGUUGCGGCCACCCGGUUUGGGGUCUGGCCUUCGGACCCCGAGCCUCAAAGGCAGAGAAACCGCCAUCGAAAGGGAACGACAACAACGGCGACGCUCUGCUCCUGGCCACGGGCUUGGAAAACGGCGUCAUCAAAAUGUGGAACGUUCUCACGGGCGUGUCCGUGCUGGAGCUUCAGGGCCACGAGGGCGUGGUGCGGAACCUGAUCUUCCCCCCGAACGGGACGCUUACGCUCGUGUCGUCUUCCCGCGACAAGACGCUCAGGGUCUGGGACCUGGCGCACAAAGGCAAGAAGGUCCAGGUGCUGUCCGGCCACAAAGACUGGAUCAGCUGCUGCUGCGUGUCGUCCGACUGCAGCAUGAUGGCCACCGUGGGGCGCUUCGACAGGAUGGUGUGUCUGUGGAGCCUGCGCUCGUACACGUACAUCCGCAACCUGACGGGCGGCGCCCACAAGACGCUCUACCUGCUGUCGGCGUGCGACUUCUCCCCGGACGGCGCGCUGCUCGCCACGGCCGCCUUCAGCGGGGCCAGCUGGUGGAUCGACCUGUGGGACCCGUACACCGCGCAGAAGCUCGCCACGCUCACAGGCUACUUUGAGGAGUACGGCCAAAACCAGAUCUCGUCGAUUCAGUUCUCUCCCAGCGGCUUGCACCUGGCCAUUGUGACGGACGACAGGGCUCUCGGCAUCUGGGAGCCCGGAAAGUCGGCCCUGAGCAUGCAGACCAAAGCCGACCGGGACUCCAACGGCCUGUGCUGCAAGUACCAUCCACAAGGGGGAGUCAUCGCCACCGGAACCCGCGACGGCCACGUGAGAUUCUGGCGCGCGCCGCAAGCCGUGCCGGGCCUGCGCCACCUGUGCCGCGCCGCGCUGCGCCACUCGGUGUCCACGCACCAGGUGGAGCCGCUGCCGCUGCCCAAGCGCAUCCUGGAGUUCCUCACCUACCGCGACAUCUCUUCGCACGUUUCCCCACACUCGCAUUGAUCGCCGGGAGAACAAAAAAGUGCAUUUAAAAAAAAAAAAAAAAAAGAACAAAAAAAAAUUUUUUUUUUUUUUAAAGAUAAUCAUAAAGAAUAUUGCACUAGUACUACUUGAUACGGCUGCUAAUUUAUUUGAUUGUACAUAGGAAGUUGUGUUUUUACGUUGUCGUGCACCAUCGCUGUGUAACUGCAUGUUCAUAAAACACCAAUAACUUUUAUUAAAAACACUAAAACACA